AUGAAGCCUAAAUUCGCAUUAGUUCAGUGGAUAGGUGGCGAGUAUGAUGCGACCUACACUACGGGUGUUCCUGUUGAAUGGAUCAUGGACUUCGAUGUCAACAAAUUUGAUCCCAAGACGGAACCGGAAGAUCAUUCCUAUGUUGUUGAAUGGCGGAAGAGCAAAUCGGGUAGGACGCCAAAGCGAGGAUGGAGAUAUUAUGACGCAAAGGUGGUUCGAGUAUCACGUAAGUCGAUCAAGUCAUUGGGAAAUCAGAUCCAGAUAUUGGAGGGUGCUGUUUCUCCUCUGCGUCUGGCUGCUGUUGAGAAAGAAUCAGAUCUUCCUGAUGGAAUAAAUUUAGAAUCAAUUUAUGAUACGGUAGAAGACGUUAAAGAAAUCAACUUCAACGGUAAAUUGAUCUUUAAAUUAUCUGGAUUUUUAUGA